UGACGCAAGGAGUUUUGACAAUGCCGUCAAUAUUCAUGUCAAUGGAGCAUCAAAAGAUACUGCCAUGCCAGAAGCCUGGUUGGGUGAUGAGGGUGUGGAGAUUAAGAGACAGAUCACAGGCAUGAUGCGUUUGCUGAGUGACAAGGCCGGCCGGAUGUACCAGCGUGUGGGAGCAGAGGGAAACAGCCUCAAACAGGAGCCCCAGGAGGAGCACCUGAGCUGGGCGCAGCCGGCUGCUUUGCCACCAGACCUGGAAGACCCCCAGAUCAGUGUCUGGAGCUCAGCAGGGGAAACAGAGCCCAGUCCCAUGUCUAUACCCAAUCUAGUCCCCAACGGCCAGGGGUCUGGCCAAUACGGCACACGCUCCAAGACCCAGAGGAUGCUCAACACAACCACCAAAGGCACAGUCAAAACUAAUGAUGUGGCUCCUGCAGUGGUAGAGGCUCCCUGCUGUAUGUGUAACUGUAAGAGCACCUUACAGGCUAUUCUACAGGAGCUACGCACCAUGAGGAGGCUAAUGCAGACACAGAAAGGUUCCCAGGAGAAGCAGGAGCACAGGGCCCCUCCCUGCCCCCCUUGCCCUGUCCCUACAGCUCCGCGUCGCAGACCCCGCAAGAGACGUCCUGUCCACAAGGUUGCUCCACUGAGCGCACCCAGCAAGAGGGCAUCUGUUCCCCCUCUCCCCCCCUCAUCCCCCGCCUGUGUACCCCUGGAGUCCGGGGGAAGGAGGGAGAGGGGGAGCAGAGAGCUGGAGAGACCUGUGCACACCCCUGCCUCACCCUCCACCUCACCCGAGCUCUCAGUACAAACCCUGUCCAUGCAGAACAAGCCCAUCCCUGGUGACGAUACACACAAUCCUAACUAUAGACAACCCAAAGGUCUUCAAUCCUCAGAGAGUGAGGUGCGUCUAGCGGAGGACUAUGAGGUGUUUAUUCCCAAGGCGCAGCUGGACUCAAUCCUGGUCAACUACACACGCUCUGGAAGCCUGCUCUUCAGGAAGUUGGUGUGCGCCUUCUUUGACGACACCACGCUAGCUAACUCACUGCCCAACGGCAAGAGGAAGAGAGGUCUGAACGACCAGAGGAAAGGACUGGACCAGAACAUUGUGGGAGCCAUUAAAGUGUUUACAGAGAAGUACUGCACAGCUCACAGAAUAGAGAAGCUGCCAGGCCCUCGAGAUUGGGUCCAGAUACUACAGGACCAAAUCAAACUUGCCCGCAGACGACUAAAGAGAGCAGAGGCUACAGACCCUCAGGACAUCUUCAACAGACCUUGCACAGUCCAGAAGUUCUGUAACAUUAGGGUGGGGGAUGUGGACACUGUCCAGAGGAUGUACUGA